CGCGCGAGUAGCCGAAGGCCACAAUUCCUUCACUCCUACUCAGUUCUCUCUCUCUCUCUCUCUCUCUCUGCCCUAUCUCUCGUUGCGAUCUCUCGAGGGUGUUCAAUCUUUCGUCGAUCUCGGGCUCGGUCGAUUCUUCUCUAAUGGCGAAGAACAUUUUGGUGACGGGCGGAGCGGGCUACAUCGGGAGCCACACGGUGCUGCAGCUCCUCCAAGGGGGGUUCAACGCUGUCGUCGUGGAUAAUCUCGACAACUCCUCGGACGUCGCCAUCGAGCGGGUUUCGGAGCUCGCCGGGGAGGCGGGAAAGAAUCUUAGAUUCCAUAAGAUCGACCUUCGUGAUAAGGAAGCAUUGGACAAGGUGUUUGCUUCGACAAAGUUUGAUGCUGUCAUUCACUUUGCAGGAUUAAAAGCUGUUGGUGAAAGCGUGCAGAAGCCCUUGCUUUAUUAUAACAAUAAUCUCAUCGGUACAAUAACUCUUUUGGAAGUAAUGGCUGCCCAUGGAUGCAGAAAGCUAGUAUUCUCGUCAUCAGCUACCGUUUAUGGAUGGCCCAAGGAAGUCCCCUGUACAGAAGAAUUCCCUCUGUGUGCAAUGAACCCAUAUGGACGAACUAAGCUUAUUAUUGAAGAGAUUUGUCGUGAUACAUACCGUGGAGACUCUGAUUGGCAGAUAAUAUUGCUUAGAUAUUUUAAUCCUGUGGGUGCUCAGCCUAGUGGAUAUAUUGGUGAAGAUCCUCGGGGCAUUCCAAACAACCUCAUGCCCUUUGUACAACAAGUUGCUGUUGGGAGGAGGCCUGCACUUACAGUUUUUGGAAAUGAUUAUUCAACCAAGGAUGGCACUGGGGUACGGGAUUACAUUCAUGUGGUUGAUCUGGCUGAUGGGCAUAUUGCAGCCCUUCAGAAGCUUUUUGAUGGCUCUAAACUAGGCUGUGAAGUGUAUAAUCUAGGGACUGGGAAAGGAACAUCUGUGCUGGAAAUAGUGGCAGCAUUUGAGCAGGCCUCUGGAAAGAAAAUCCCUCUGGUCAUGGCUGGAAGGCGACCUGGUGAUGCUGAAAUUGUUUACGCAUCAACUGCUAAAGCAGAGAAGGAGCUGAACUGGAAGGCAAAGUAUGGCAUUGAUGAGAUGUGCCGGGAUCAGUGGAACUGGGCUAGCAAGAACCCCUGGGGAUAUGGAUCACCUGACUCGGCUAACUGAAGGAACCCUUCUUUCCAACAACAUCAGUUUUUCAAUCCAUAAAGAAGAAUUGCUAAUUUGUGGGCGUCGUGUAGGAUGGGGUUUAGGUUCACCUAAUUUCGAUUCCUAUUAACGAUCUACUGGUCAAAUAAAUACAUGCUUAUGUCAUGAAAGAGGCAUAACUGUAGAGGUAUCUUGCUGUUUCUUUCUAAAAGGCUCUAUAUGAUUGCUGCUGAAUCAGAAAUGCAGAUGCUGGAUGGCCAUAUGACCUUUUUCUUGUAAUUUUAUCGGCCCCCGGUGGGCACUUGGUGCUGUACCUGGAGGAGGGAAAUGUCGAUGGUUCGAAUGUGUUACAGUGAUAGUAGUAAUUUCACUAAUGUGGUAAUUAGGAAAUGUUAUGUAUAUAAUUUUCCAAGGAGGCGUUUCUGGUGAAAUUGAAUGUCUUUGAGGGUGUACAUUUAUCUGUCUUGUUCUCUUACAAUAUCAGGUUUUCUGGUUGAUAUGUUAUUAUAUUUCUUUUA